CUUGUGGGCACCAGAGCAACGCACAACUCCGACUGAAACAUCAAGUUAGCUAGACUGACAUUAGUACAACACCGUUCAAUAUGCGUGAAAUCGUCCACGUUCAAGCUGGCCAGUGCGGUAACCAAAUCGGCGCAAAGUUCUGGGAAGUAAUUUCCGACGAACAUGGCAUUGACCCCACCGGCACCUACCACGGUGAUUCCGACUUGCAGCUGGAGAGAAUCAACGUGUAUUACAAUGAGGCUACUGGUGGCAAAUAUGUUCCCCGUGCUAUCUUGGUCGAUUUGGAGCCCGGUACCAUGGACUCUGUGAGAUCAGGGCCCUUCGGACAAAUCUUUAGACCAGACAAUUUUGUUUUCGGCCAAAGUGGAGCUGGUAACAACUGGGCGAAAGGCCACUACACCGAAGGUGCCGAGCUUGUCGAUUCAGUCCUCGAUGUUGUCCGCAAAGAAUCGGAGAGCUGCGACUGUCUGCAGGGAUUCCAACUUACACACUCCCUUGGUGGUGGCACUGGCUCUGGUAUGGGUACACUCCUCAUCAGCAAGAUCCGUGAAGAAUAUCCAGAUCGCAUCAUGAACACAUUCAGUGUUGUACCAUCACCAAAAGUAUCGGACACUGUUGUUGAACCAUACAACGCCACCCUUUCAGUCCAUCAGCUUGUUGAGAACACCGAUGAAACCUUCUGUAUUGACAAUGAAGCUCUAUACGACAUUUGUUUCCGUACCCUGAAAUUGACCACGCCUACCUAUGGUGACUUGAACCAUUUGGUAUCUGCAACCAUGAGUGGCGUUACUACGUGUCUACGAUUCCCUGGUCAGUUGAAUGCCGAUCUCCGUAAAUUAGCUGUCAAUAUGGUACCAUUCCCACGUCUGCACUUCUUCAUGCCUGGUUUUGCUCCAUUGACCAGCCGUGGGAGCCAACAAUACCGUGCACUCACCGUACCAGAGUUAACCCAACAAAUGUUCGAUGCCAAGAACAUGAUGGCUGCCUGUGAUCCACGUCAUGGUCGUUAUCUGACAGUAGCUGCAAUCUUCCGUGGUCGCAUGUCCAUGAAAGAAGUUGACGAGCAGAUGUUGAAUGUGCAGAACAAGAACAGCAGCUACUUCGUCGAAUGGAUCCCCAACAACAUAAAAAGUGCCGUCUGUGACAUUCCACCGCGUGGUCUUAAGAUGUCCGGUACCUUCAUCGGCAACAGCACCGCCAUCCAAGAGCUCUUCAAACGCAUCUCUGAGCAAUUCACUUCUAUGUUCCGUCGUAAAGCUUUUUUGCAUUGGUACACCGGUGAAGGUAUGGAUGAAAUGGAAUUCACUGAAGCAGAGUCCAACAUGAAUGACUUGGUAUCUGAAUACCAACAAUACCAAGAUGCAACAGCCGAAGAGGAGGGCGAAUUUGACGAAGAAGAGGGAGAGGCUGAAGAGGAAAAUUAAUUAUAGAAUUCCCGAAUUGUAAAUUUACAAUAAUUUAUUAAUAUAAUUAUAUCAUGUUCAAACUAUUUGUUUAUAAUUAACUAUUUUUGUAACGAUCACUCAAUUGAAGAAUAAAACUAAGGCAUAUGAAACAA